UUUUUUUAAUCCAAGAGGCUUUUUCUUUUCUUUUUACACGAUGCUUCCCGCGGCUGCUGUUUUUCAUUUCCCAUGGGAAGUAAACUGUGGAGCAGUGCAGGAAGGAGAGUCAGUGAGAACGUUUGGCAGACUUGUAUCCUAUCAACCUGAGGAGUCCAGGGCUACACUGUCAGCUCAGCAUGCUUCGAAAGAACAUAAUGUGGUCAUCCACACGUUGUUUGUAGAGCCUUUUAAUCCAAUAAUUGGGGCCCAGUACUUAGUCCUGGGGGAGACAGAAAAUGCUGAGGGGGUCGGUGUGAUGGUCCACGCCCGUGUGCUGAACUGUGUUGAUGGUGUGAACAUAGCCCUUCUACAGAAAGCCAUCAACGAACAAAGGAGCUUCUUCAGGGAGAGGGAGUGCAAACAGGGUGAUGCUGCACAGCCUGCAGAUGCAACCUGAUCAGGGUCUUCAUUUACCAAGUGUCCCAGCACACUCAUUGAUUGACAGAGCUACAGCACCGGCACUUAAGUUGCACUAAAAAAAUUGUACGGGAGUGAUGUUUUGUGAGUGAAGACUGUUAAAUAUAUUAGUAAUGACUUUACUUUCAUCAGUUUAUUACUAGAUUAUCUACCUCUGAUUAUAAUAGUUUUCUGCACUUUGUGAAGAGUUGUUAUUUGACAAUUAAAAACACAAAAUGAAUGGACUGAUAUAGAAUUUCAUGUUUGGUCAAAGAAGACUUGAUAGUAGAUGGUUUAGGUCCACAACAGGUUUAGAUCCAGUCAUGUCUCUCCAUUUGAAGACAUCUGAUAAUAGUAGUUUUUCAGUGGUGCCAUUUUAUAUGGUGAAAAUGAAUGACCACAUGCUUACCAUAAAUUUGUGGUCUGAUAUUCAAAAAUAUUUUAAGAAUUGUUACAGUAAUAUGUAAUGUACUGGUAAAACCAAUUAUACAUAUAAAUUCAACUGACAUUAAAAUGGCAACAAUUUAAAAUACAUAUAUUAAUUCGAAUCACUUAUUGAACUGAUCUAACAGCUAAAAAGCCAUAUUAUGUUAUUUAAUAGGUAUAUUAUUAGAUAUAGCUGGAUUACUAAUGCAUUAUUAGAUUACUAUUAGACUACACAUACAGUUGGGUAUAAUCUGGCUUACUAUAUAGGCCACAACGUUCACUAUGCAGCUACAGUAUGUGAUAAUAAUAUUAAUGUAAAAUGUCAAUGGGUUAUGGUAAAAAAAAAUAAAGCACUAUAAUGUGUGUGUUGUCCUCUGUAGUGCAUGUUCUCCAAGCACAUUGUUUAAAUUUUUUAUCAUGAACUGCAUGGCCUAUUUACAGAACUACUGCGUACAGUUCCAGGGCUAUAUGGAACUGUCAUUACCAUGCACAAAUGUUGUACAUUGUCUUGUUCCAGCUUCUCAGAUAUAAAAAUCUGCUGCAUAUCUUUAAUUUUUUUGCUACAAAACUGAAUAUCUGUAGGCUUUGGACUGUUCAUCAGACAAAACAAGCUGCAUGAGGAUGUCAGUUUGCAUUCUGCAAAAUUGUAAUGGACAUUUUUUCUCAUUUUCUAAUAUUUUGUAGACUAGUGGUCAUUGAUGAUAAUAAAAAUAACUGCAGCCCUUGUUAGAUGGGAAGUUAUGAGCAGUUCAACUAAAUCAUUUUCUUCAUGUGACUAAAUCUUAGAGGCCUAAAGAGGCAAACUAUUUCACAGAAAAGCUAUAAUAAUCAACAUAAUAAUGUGACUUUUUUUUUAACUUGGCAGUACUCAUCUGGUGAACCCUCAUACUUAUCCUGGCAACCCUUUGGUUGUCCUUACCCCCUGGUUGGGAACGACUGUAUUGAUAGAUUGUUCCUUGAAAUGACAUCUAGUACUUCACUGGUUAUAUUAACAACCAGUAUGAUCAUGUACACUGGGUGAACUGGUGCCCACUAUUUGUUAUUUGAUUCCACUUGAGGAAUACUGACAGGCUUGUGGGAUUUAAAGUCACCC